AUGGGAAGGGCUCUGACGGAGUCUUGCUGUGCCCUGCCUGUAGGUUUCUCCUGCCUGUCCCUGGGUGAUCAGAUGGGGGUGCUGCAGUGUGCGUGGAUGGAGCUCCUGGUUCUGGGGAUAGUUUACCGCUCGCUGCCGUACGACGAGGAGUUGGUUUACGCCGAGGAUUACAUCGUGGACAGGGAGCAGAGCCGCAGGAUGGGUCUGCUGGAGGUGUACACCUCCCUCCUCCAGCUCACUCACAAAUACAAGAAGCUGCAGCUCGACAGACAGGAGUUUGUCACCCUCAAAGCCAUCGUCCUCGCUAACUCCGAUUCCACUCAUAUCGAGGAGGUGGCCAGUGUCCAGCUGCUGCAGGACUCUCUCCACGAGGCGCUGGUGGAUUAUGAAGUGAGUGAACACCCAGAGGACCCUCGGAGAGCGGGCAAGUUACUGAUGAGCCUGCCACUACUCCGGCAGACCGCGAGCAAGGCCGUGCAACACUUCCACAGCAUCAAACUCCAGGGCAAGGUGCCCAUGCACAAGCUCUUCCUGGAAAUGCUCGACGCUAAAAUCUGACAGCACCAGCCGAGAGAGAACCACCCCCCACCCAACCUCGCAAACAUCCUCAUCACAUGGUCAACAUGGAAUCGA